AUGGCGUUUCGACUUCUUCUCCUCUUCCUCUCUUUACUUCCAACUGCGUCUGCUUUGUAAGUAAAACUUUUUUUCAUUUUCUUUAGGUAUAAUAUUUCAUGAUUCCAAUUUAAAAUGUCUGGGCGCCAUCUCGGUUUUUGUUGCCUUAUGAGCUACAGAAACAUUCUGCUCAAAGCGCGCGGCCUAUAUCUCAGUUAUAUUAAAGAUGCAUGCACAGACAGAGUUCGCGCGCAUCGAAGAGAAAAGUUCUGUGGUCAGAGGAAAACGAAAAUCGUGGCAAGCUGGCGCGUAAAACGGUUUCUCGAUCAUGAUAGAUACAAAAGGAUGUCGUUGAAGAUGCAAAAGCUGUACCCUGCCUCCCUUCGUUCCUGAACCGGAAGAAGUUAUUGGAAUGAACCUUUAUGCACCUAAAAUCAGGUUGGACUCAAUCUACGCAUAACACAACAAAAAGCGGUCAUACAGGACCUCGACAAGUGCAGACGGAUGCGAAACAUCAGAAAUUUCCUGCGAGUUGCUUCCUAACAAUGUUCAGCAGCCAAAUCUUUACGUGACAGCCUUCUCUAUGUUGAAAACUCUAAUGAGAAAGAUUUUAGGUGAGAAUGGGUGAAGGCUUGAGCGCCUUUCCUCCGCUUGUUUCCAUCAACAUGACGUGUCAAGAUGGCGCCGCUACUUUCUCGUUGGGAGGAACUUCAUACGUUUUCGACAGCUUUAUGUGCGCCGACACGAGUCUGUCAGUUAUCCCACUUUUCACAGGAAAAGUUGAAUGGUCAGACUCCAAAGAGAAAAACAUUUAUCUUUCACCUUUCAGCCGAAAUAUGGGGCUCUAAAGAGUCUAAAGACAACAUAACCAUUGAAAUUCUCUUCUAACACAGUAUCAGUUUUGAACGUCAGACCUUUUUUCUAUCCCUCUGACCAGGGAAUGGUCUCAGCGCACAGUGGGACUUCCAAAUAAGAUCAUGUUUUCCAGAUGUAGUUUAUUAUGCUGAUUCCAAAUACGGUCUCAAAAGCUGUCAUCGAGGUCUGUGAAAAAAGUUAAGGGCUCCCAAAUUUCUGAAACUUCAGUGUCUACAAGCUUAUUUUAGAGGGUGUGUAGAUAUUGUCCCUCCAGUUUCGAAAAUUUUCACAAGAAAAUUUCCGGUUAUCUUUUAAGCUUCAUAAGCCUAACAACACGGCGUUUUUGUUAGUGGAAGAACGACACUUUCCUGAGAAAAAGUGGGCGUGGCUCCGCUACAAUUCAUAGAUACGCUGAGAAAAACAAAACAAAAAUUUUUUUUCUCCCAAAAACUUCUUCGAGCCUUGCACCUUUCGCCAUCGCCUUUCGCUCAGAAAAGUUGAUUUGCGCAGUUUCUACGAAAUGGAAGAGAUAAAAAUUCCCAACAUAAAUAACGUCUCGAAAAGAAAUUUUUUUUCCAAUUUUCAUUUUUCUUUUUUGAAAACUUGCUCUCGACAAACUUUCUUACUGGCUGUGAACUUUCAAAGUUUCCUAGACUGCGAAAACUUUUAGUGGCUCCUAUAGGGUUUUGACGCUUUAGUGGCCACUAUAUUAGUCAAACUAGUCGAAACUUCAGGGGUUGAAAAUUAGUGGCCACUAUAGAGGUCUGAGUGCUACUACUAGACAACAAACAAUUUUAGUAGCCACUUUAGGGGUCCAUGGAUCAUCAUAAUUGGUCCCAUCAGUUUGUUUUAAAGUAUCAGAGUUACUGGAAGGAAUAUUGGAUGAAGAACUACUGAAGUGGCCGCUAAAUAGAGAACCUCUUUAGUACCCGGUCGCAUAUAAAUGACCGCCGAUUACGAUACACCUAUUUACUUCGAAUUGUUACCUGGUACCUACUAUCGACCUCUUGAUUGACCAGUAACUGUGAGCAGAGACCAUUCCCUGAUGAGCUACAGAAUCAUUCCGUUUGAAGCACACGGUCUAUUUCUGGGCAUGCGCUUUUUUUGGCCUAAAGUAUACGUUAUUAUAAAGGCGCAUGCACAGACAGAGGUUGCGCGCAUCGAAGAGAAAAGUUCUGUAGUCAGAGAAAAAACAAAAUCGUGACAAGCUGGCGCGUAAAACGGUUUCUCGAACAUGUUAGAUUUAAAAAAGGAUGUCGUUGAAGAUGCAAAAGCUGUACCCUGCCUCCCUUUGUUCCUGAACCGGAAGAAGUUAUUGGAAUGAACCUUUAUGCACCUAAAAUCAGGUUGGACUCAAUCGACGCAUAACACAACAAAAAGAGGUCAUACAGGACCUCGACAAGUGCAGACGGAUGCGAAACAUCAGAAAUUUCCUGCGAGUUGCUUUCUUACAAUGUUCAGCAGCCAAAUCUUUACGUGACGGCCUUCUUUAUGUUAAAAACUCUAAUGAGAACGAUUUGAGGUGAGAAUGGGUGAUGUCUUAAGCCCCUUUCCUCCGCUUGUUUCCAUCAACAUGACGUGUCAAGAUGGCGCCGCUACUUUCUUGUUGGUAGGAACUUCAUACGUUUUCGACAGCUUUAUGUGCGCCGACACGAGUCUGUCAGUCAUUUUACUUCUCACAGUUCUGAAUGAUGAGACUUCAAGAAGAAAAGUAUUCAUAUUUCACCAUUUAGCCGAAAUAUGGGGCUCUAAAGACAAUAUAACAAUCUGAAAUUAUUUUCUAAAAUAGUAUCAGUUUUUGAACGACUAACCGUCACUCAAGCUCCGCCUCUAUUAUCUAAAUUAACCAAUCAAAGAGCGUGCCAUCCACAGAGCGUAUUUGAAUAAUUUACGUUUCACAGUGUUCCAAAAGAGACAAGUGCAUGCGAAAAUAUGGUCGUCAAAAAUGACGAAAACGUGAGUUCUUUCGAGUUCUUUCGGGCGCGCGGUUUUUGUCACAGGAAUUUUCAUCAAAAUGACAAUUUUGAAAAUAACUUAAUGCGCACAAAAUAUUUUUUUUGUUCUUCUGUUUUAGAAUCUUUGAAUGGAAAUCCUUAAGAGAAGCGCUUUGAGAUUCUUCUCAAUUUUUUUUCCGCAGAGUAUUCGACGGAUUGAUUUUUGAAAAUGUCCUUUCGGGUGAUAUUUUUUUUCACAAAGCUAAUAUUUUCCUGGUUUCUUUUCAAAAUGUUAAAUGGAGUUUCUUGAGGAAAGCGCCUCGAGUUUUUUUUUUCAAUUUUUUCUUUUGAAGUUCGAUUUGACGAACUUCGAAAACGACAUUUGAUGGUAGUAAGAAAUUUAAGAUCCGCGGAUCUUCGUGAGCGUGAAUUGUGCAUACCAGGAAUGUUCGAGACGAGGGUUUUUCAUCUCGAGUCGAGAUCGAGACGAGGAAGUUUUUGGAAAAAAAAUGUCGAGACUUUGGCUUCCUUUUGCAGCGAGUCCGUUUGCGAAAAAUCGUCUGUUUUUCGCUCUUUUUAUAUUAGUUUUUAUUAAAUGCUUACUACACAUUCAUAUACGACUUGAAUGAUUUCCGGGAAGUGCUAAGUAGAGAGGACGUCAUCCCUAUGACGUCAGGGAGUAGCAAUUCGCGAUUUCGCGACACUUCGAGUUAAAAUUCGAAGUAUCUUUGACUGCGUGUCUGCGACAAAGACGCAGUAUUUGACAGAAAAUCAGUAAAAAAUAUCCUACAGUGUUCAUUUGCGGUGAAAACUCGACAACCUUACAAUAACAACCAAAGAGAAAAAAAUGAAUUCAAAAAAAAAAAAUAGAAAUUCGAAAAAGGCGAAUGUUCCCGAGAAUCGUUUUUUUAGAUUGAAUUUUUCAGAGAUUCGAGCCCUCAACAUUAGUGUAUGCAAAAUUCACGCUCACGAAUAUUAGCGGACCCAAAAACUUUUCCUAAAAAAAAAAAACUAAAAAAACUAUUCUGUCUCUUUUUAAACUAAAAACUAUUCUGUCUCUUUUUUCAUUUAAUAGAUUUUUUAUCAUUUAAUCUACAUUAAAAACCUUCGAAAACUUGCGAGAAACUAGAAAAAACAUCAUUUAAUUGUCUUUUCUGUUCACUAAAUCCAGAAAACUUGGCUCUCCUCCCCGCGCCCCUAUUGCAAGAAACCCUGCCGCUUUUGCAGUCGGCCACGCCUACUGACCAGAGCUGUCGCCUGUUUGGGAACACUGUGGUUUAAAAUACGAACCGUCUGUCCGAACUUUGAAACAUGACAGCUCGACUUGAAGUCGAAAUAAAUUUACUUUUUGCGAAAGGAUUGAAAUCCCUCAAUGUAAACUAGUAGAGGUUUAAUAAUAAUAGUUUAUUCACUGCCAUAAAAAAACAUUAGGUAGUAUAGAAAAAAAUUAUAAGUGAUCAACAUAUGAUGGAGAGGUUGUCUUCUUGAAUUUCCAUAUUUCUUUGGUUCGAAUUCUAAAAAAGAAAGUGAAAAGCUGGUGAAGUUUUUUCAUCUCUAAUUUAAAGUCGAAGGUACGGAAACUCAUCAUCGUUAUUAUUUUGUUAUUGAAGGUGCUUCGAUUGCUCUCUACCACCAGCCUUCGUCCCCGAUCCCAAUAUUGAUGACUUUUUUUAUCAGUACCCAAUAAACUACAGGUAUACUUCGACAUAGCAAGGCAUAAUAAUUUCCCCUCAUACAGUCCCUCAGAAGAUUCAAGAGGAUGCCCUGCAUAUACAGCUUAUUGCAAGAAGCUCGACCCCGCAUUAUAUGGACAGAAGCCUUCUAUUGUCGUAACUACUUUCACAAUUGAAACAAUGAAUCUAAUCGACAAAAUUCAAGUGGUUUGCUGGUGGCCAAGGGUUCGGCAACAAUGCAGACAACGCCAAAUUGACCUGCCUGAACAAUAUUUCGUAUAUUGAAAUUGGAAACACAACAACCGAAUUUAAACAUGUCGGUUGCUCUACUAACAGGUUGUCAAAGUUCGUUUUUUUUUUUUUCAGUCAUUUAGAUUUUAAAAAAAGUACUUCUGUGACCAAUCUGAGUUUCGGUGGACAGAAAAUUUUCGUAGAACAGUUAUUAAUUACCACAAAAAUAGGAGCAACGUCUUCCUACAUUUUUAGUUCGAAUUCUAAAAAAUAGAAAGGGAAAAGCUGGUGAAGUUUUUUCAACUCUGAUUUAAAGUCGAAGGUACGGAAACUCAUCAUCGUUAUUAUUUUGUUAUUGAAGGUGCUUCGAUUGCUCUCUACCACCAGCCUUCGUCCCCGAUCCCAAUAUUGAUGACUUUUUUUAUCAGUACCCAAUAAACUACAGGUAUACUUCGACAUAGCAAGGCUUAAUAAUUUCCCCUCAUACAGUCCCUCAGAAGAUUCAAGAGGAUGCCCUGCAUAUACAGCUUAUUGCAAGAAGCUCGACCCCGCAUUAUAUGGACAGAAGCCUUCUAUUGUCGUAACUACUUUCUCAAUUGAAACUAUGAAUCUAAUCGACGAAAUUCAAGUGGUUUGCUGGUGGCCAAGGGUUCGGCAACAAUGCAGACAACGCCAAAUUGACCUGCCUGAACAAUAUUUCGUAUAUUGAAAUUGGAAACACAACAACCGAAUUUAAACAUGUCGGUUGCUCUACUAACAGGUUGUCAAAGUUCGUUUUUUUCUUUUUCAGUUAUUUAGAUUUUUAAAAAAAGUACUUCUGUGACCAAUCUGAGUUUCGGUGGACAGAAAAGUUUUUCGUAGAACAGUUAAUAACUACCACAAAAAAAUAGGAGCAACGUCUUCCUACAUUUUUAGUUCGAAUUCUAAAAAAUAGAAAGGGAAAAGCUGGUGAAGUUUUUUCAACUCUGAUUUAAAGUCGAAGGUACGGAAACUCAUCAUCGUUAUUAUUUUGUUAUUGAAGGUGCUUCGAUUGCUCUCUACCACCAGCCUUCGUCCCCGAUCCCAAUAUUGAUGACUUUUUUUAUCAGUACCCAAUAAACUACAGGUAUACUUCGACAUAGCAAGGCAUAAUAAUUUCCUCUCAUACAGUCCCUCAGAAGAUUCAAGAGGAUGCCCUGCAUAUACAGCUUAUUGCAAGAAGCUCGACCCCGCAUUAUAUGGACAGAAGCCUUCUAUUGUCGUAACUACUUUCUCAAUUGAAACUAUGAAUCUAAUCGACGAAAAUUCAAGUGGUUUGCUGGUGGCCAAGGGUUCGGCAACAAUGCAGACAACGCCAAAUUGACCUGCCUGAACAAUAUUUCGUAUAUUGAAAUUGGAAACACAACAACCGAAUUUAAACAUGUCGGUUGCUCUACUAACAGGUUGUCAAAGUUCGUUUUUUUCUCAGUCAUUUAGAUUUUUUAAAAAAAGUACUUCUGUGACCAAUCUGAGUUUCGGUGGACAGAAAAUUUUCGUAGAACAGUUAUUAAUUACCACAAAAAUAGGAGCAACGUCUUCCUACAUUUUUAGUUCGAAUUCUAAAAAAUAGAAAGGGAAAAGCUGGUGAAGUUUUUUCAACUCUGAUUUAAAGUCGAAGGUACGGAAACUCAUCAUCGUUAUUAUUUUGUUAUUGAAGGUGCUUCGAUUGCUCUCUACCACCAGCCUUCGUCCCCGAUCCCAAUAUUGAUGACUUUUUUUAUCAGUACCCAAUAAACUACAGGUAUACUUCGACAUAGCAAGGCAUAAUAAUUUCCUCUCAUACAGUCCCUCAGAAGAUUCAAGAGGAUGCCCUGCAUAUACAGCUUAUUGCAAGAAGCUCGACCCCGCAUUAUAUGGACAGAAGCCUUCUAUUGUCGUAACUACUUUCUCAAUUGAAACUAUGAAUCUAAUCGACGAAAUUCAAGUGGUUUGCUGGUGGCCAAGGGUUCGGCAACAAUGCAGACAACGCCAAAUUGACCUGCCUGAACAAUAUUUCGUAUAUUGAAAUUGGAAACACAACAACCGAAUUUAAACAUGUCGGUUGCUCUACUAACAGGUUGUCAAAGUUCGUUUUUCUUUUUUUUUUCAGUUAUUUAGAUUUUAAAAAAAGUACUUCUGUGACCAAUCUGAGUUUCGGUGGACAGAAAGUUUUCGUAGAACAGUUAAUAACUACCACAAAAAUAGGAGCAACGUCUUCCUACAUUUUUAGUUCGAAUUCUAAAAAAUAGAAAGGGAAAAGCUGGUGAAGUUUUUUCAACUCUGAUUUAAAGUCGAAGGUACGGAAACUCAUCAUCGUUAUUAUUUUGUUAUUGAAGGUGCUUCGAUUGCUCUCUACCACCAGCCUUCGUCCCCGAUCCCAAUAUUGAUGACUUUUUUUAUCAGUACCCAAUAAACUACAGGUAUACUUCGACAUAGCAAGGCAUAAUAAUUUCCUCUCAUACAGUCCCUCAGAAGAUUCAAGAGGAUGCCCUGCAUAUACAGCUUAUUGCAAGAAGCUCGACCCCGCAUUAUAUGGACAGAAGCCUUCUAUUGUCGUAACUACUUUCUCAAUUGAAACUAUGAAUCUAAUCGACGAAAUUCAAGUGGUUUGCUGGUGGCCAAGGGUUCGGCAACAAUGCAGACAACGCCAAAUUGACCUGCCUGAACAAUAUUUCUUAUAUUGAAAUUGGAAACAUUUCAACCGAAUUUAAACAUGUCGGUUGCUCUACUAACAAGCUGUCAAAGUUCGUUUUUUUGUUUCAUUUAUUUUGAUUUCUCAUGUUUAUUUUAGUUGUAUCACUUGGUGUAUGAACUAAACCACACCUGUGAAGAAAACUUUUAAUAAGCAGGAAAAGAAACGUAGAACCCCAAUAAGUUAUUUGCGGCAUAGAAAUCUAAGUGUUUCGCUGAAAAAAUAAUCUUUUUUUGAGGGUGAAAAGGAAUGAAAACGCUCAAAAAGUAAGAAAAAUAUUAAUUUCGAAUUUAUUGAGUGUUAGCGUCGUUGUGUGUAUGAACCAAAGACAAAUAUUACGGAGCUCAUGGGCAGUCGCUCUCCGCGUUCCGCAUUCCGCCAUUCAAAAUUUAAUUCCCGCCCAUCUCUGAUACCACUUGAGCACGCAUGUUUAAGACAGUGUUACUGCGGCCGGUGGCCGGUCAAUAUUGCGCUGUCAGUUUCGGAGCCAGGAAAUUUUCCAAUUUUUUUUUUCCUUUUUUGCAACUUUUUAAGAACCUACUUCUCGAGUUCACGAGACAAAUAACGCCACAGAAAGUACACAAUUUUUCCUUUUUUUUUUUACUUAAAAACCUAGCUUGAUUACCGUAAUACGUCCGGCCGCCUUGAACAUGCGUUUGAGAUUAAGGGACCAAUGGGUAGAUUCCAAACACCUCUAUGGAUCACUAAAUUUUACCCCUAGAUGAACCAUUUUUAGUUUUCGUAAAGAGGCCGUUGUUCCCCCAGAGCCCUAUAGAGACGACUCUAGAUCUCCUAAGUGCGCUACCUGUGAUCUACCGUUUUUACCGCCAUCAAAACCUGAGAAGAAAGAUUACUACUACGCUCCUACAAAAAAGUGCGUUUCAGUAGUAUUUUUCCUUCUACCUUACUUAGGAUUCUUAUUAUUAUAAAAUUUCAGUAUAACAGAAAGUGAUUGUUCUACAUAUCAUUACUGCGCAGCGUUGGAUGAGACUAUUUACAAACAACCGUCGACCUUAAUGGUAAAUAUCCUUGACAACCGAAAAAAGUAAAAAUGGAAGUGUUUUCAGAUACUUAUUGACAGCAGUUAUAAAGCGAUGUCAAAUGUUAUAAGAAAGGGUUGCAGCAGUGGACUUAUUUUUAUCUACGACGGCACUACAGUAGUUAAAUCGGAAGGGGCAGCUUGUUUCGCGGAAAAGAAAUGA